UCGCGAUGAAAGUUGGAGAAGUUAUCACUGCUUUAGGAGAAGCAUCUGCAAAUGCACAAGGUUUGUCCCAACCAAUAACCACAGGACAUAAGGUUAGAAAUCAAGAUCACAAUGUUUACGUCCUUACAGACCCAAAUGGUAGAGGGGGUCGAGGCACGGUGACUGGAAUUUUGAAAACGGGUAAGAAGAAUUUGUACGUUUUUGAUGACAAAGGUGAACACAAGCAGGUAAAUCCAACUUGCGUGUUAGAUUUCUAUGUUCAUGAGUCCCAACAGAGAGCAGGAAAAGGAAAACAACUUUUCGAACAUAUGUUAAAGGAAGAGCGUAUACAGCAUCCGGCUCAGUUAGCAAUUGACAGACCUUCCUCCAAACUGCUGAACUUUUUGGGCAAACAUUAUGGGUUAACGAAUAGUUUACCACAGUCGAACAACUUCGUGGUUUACGAUGAAUUCUUCAAAGACCCGAAAACAGCGUCAAGACAAACAUCCAGACAUAACAGCGCACAACUUUCGAGGGCAAAUGGACUUCAAGAUCCAAGGAACACAAAUCAACCAACCUACCAGGGAAGGUAUGGAGCACCUAGACCGCCUUGCUCUAUGGGACAGAUAAUCCAUAAUAUGCCUGCAAAUAACGGCGUACUGACACAAGAACCUACUGGUUAUCGUAUGUAAGAGCAUAUAAACGUGCACAAAUAAUCCUGUUUUUCACUAAACCAAAAAGCCAAUCAUGUUAGUCGGUUCAUUGCACAAGACUUAGGUCUCUAAAAUUGAUGUAGUACUUAAUUUUAGUUAUAGUUUGAAAUUCUUAUUUAUUGGUUAAAAAGCACCAAAUAGUGUA